CAGCGCUGAUGUUACCAUAAACACGUGUGGAAUCGGGAGAGUUUUUUAAGAAAUCCGGGAAAAUAAACAAAACUAUGAAUAAUCUAUUCGAAGGCUCGGAUGAUGAAGGAGACGAUCUGCAGCUGACCACCAACCAGGACUAUGCCAAGACCUACAACAACCUGCGCAAGAAGGAGCUCCUCCAGAAAUAUAAGGAUCGAGGGUUGGACGUUUCGGAAUCCGAAUUCGACAGCGACAGCGAGUCAUCCGAGGAGGAUGAGGUGGACCCCAAGUUUGACCAGGACUUCUUCAAGACGCUUUCCUCUCUGAAGAGCAAAGACCCGCGGAUCUAUGACAAGGAAACACGCUUCUUCAACGAAUCCUCCAGCGAUGAGGGCGACAAGGAGGGGGAGGGGGAGGCUUCUCCCAAGAAGAAGAAGAAAUCAAAGCCAGUUACCCUAAAGGAUUAUGAGAGAAAAGUAAUUCUCGAGCACAAUGGCAAGUUCGAGAGUUCGGAUGAGGAGAAGCAGGAGAAGGAGGAGGAGGAAUAUCAGCGGGCACAGUCUCCAACCGCUGUCGAGGAGGAACGUCGUCUAAAGGAUGAGUUUCGCAAUGUGAUGAACCAGGAAGAUGAUGGGGAGGACGAGGAAUUCGGCGGUAUAUUCAAGAAACGCAGCAAGACCAAGGAGCAAACGGAGGCCGAGGAGGCAGACUUUACCAAGUGGCUGGCGGGCCAACAGGAAAACAUUCAAGAUACGGACAAGAAGCAGUUGGAGCCACUGAAGCAGUACUGGAACAGCAGCAAGCUGACGCAGGGCGAGAGCUUCCUUAGGGACUACAUCCUCAACAAGGGCUAUGCCAAAACAGAUGAGUCCGCCAUUCCCACCUACGACGAGAUUGUGGGCGAAACCGCGCCCUUGUCCGAGGACGAACAGGAGCUGGAGAAGCAGGCGGAGUUCGAGCACAAGUACAACUUUCGCUUCGAGGAACCUGAUGCGGAAUUCAUCAAGCGAUAUCCCCGCACCGUGGAGCAGUCCAUCCGACGGACGGACGACAAGCGGAAGGAAAAACGUAAGGAGUUGAAGGAGCGCAAGGAGCAGGAGAAGCAGCAGAAGAUGAAGGAACUCGACUUGAUCAAGGAGAUGAAGCGCAAGGAGAUCGAGGAAAAGAUACGUAAACUGAAAGCGGUCACCGGCAAUGAUGAGCUUGGUUUUCGCGACGACGAACUGGAGGAGGACUUUGAUCCAGCUGCCCACGAUCGACGCAUGCAGGAGCUCUUUAACGACGAGUACUACAACGUGGACGAGGGCGAGGAGAAGCCGGAGUGCCCCUCGGAUAUCGAUGAAUUGGUGCUAGAGGACUGGGAUAACUACGAUCCCAGGCAGCACAAGGACGGCGGCGAUGAGGAUUACGAAGGGCACUGCGAGGACGAUGACUUCAACAUGGACUGUGACUACGAUCCAUCCACGGCCAAGCAGCAACUCCAGCAAGAGCUCAUCGAGAGCACGCGAGGUCGCAAGGGCCGUAAGGGCAGGCGGAAUCGCUUCAUGGAGAUGAUCCAGGCCGAGAAGCCGGCAUUCAAUCCGGAGGAUGAGAAAACCUACGGCGAGUACAUAGACGAAUACUAUCAAUUGGACUGCGAAGACAUCAUCGGUGAUCAGCCAUGUCGCUUCAAAUAUGUGGAGACCACACCCAACGAUUUUGGUUUGACAAUAGAGGAGAUCUUGCUGGCCAAGAACAAGGAGCUUAACCAGUGGGCCAGUCUCAAAAAGGCUGUCCAAACGCGGCCAGAGCAUGUGGAAAAGAAGGAGCAGCGUCUGUACAAGAUGAAGGCCAAGAAUGAGGACCUCAAGCGGAAGAUUUUCAAGAGUCUUUACGGGGAGGGUUCCGAUGAUGAGGAUCAAGCAACUGGACAUACUUCAAGUGCCCAACCAGCUGCCGAAACACCUACUCCUGCGGAAUCGUCUCAAAAUCCCACGGAAAGUUUAUCCAAAUCGAAGAGAAAACGCUUGAAACGUAAAGCUGCUGCAGCAGCUGCCGCCACUUCUGCACAAAACCCCAAAGAUGAAUCCAAGGAGGUGCAGCAGCCAAAAGAGGCAAAUGAAAGCCAAGCAAAGGACGAUUCUCCUGCUCCAAAAAAGAGCAAACAAGAGCAAGGUGCACAAGCAAAUGUUCCACCACAGCAAACACAAAAUAAAUCGGAAAAGAAUAAGAUAAACAAAGGCAAAAAGGCACCUAAAACUACAGCAAAUCAAACGGAAAAUCACAAGCAGAAUUCUGAAAAGAAAACUGAAAACGCACUGCAAAAAUCAAACGGAAAAAAUCCUUUUAAUAAGCCACAAAAUAGACCAAACUCAAAGCCAGGACAACCCCCUAAACUUAUAGCAAAUGGAACGGAAAAUCAAAAGCAAAAUAAAUCGGAAAAGAAAACUGAAACCCCAACGCAAAAAUCUGAAACAGCAAAUGGAAAUAAUCCUUUUAAUAAGCAACAAAAGAAGCCAAACUCAAAGCCAGGACAAGCUCCAUUUAAUAACAAAAAAGGAAACGCUAAACAAGGACCCAAUCCCUUCAAGAAAUCGGAACACAAGCCCAGCGGAGCAAAGAAAACUCACAACUUCAAGGCGAAAAAUAAAAUAAACAAAAAUUCGAGUGGCAUAACCGACGACCGACUGAAGGCCUAUGGCAUAAAUCCCAGAAAGUUCCACAAGCGGGAAAAGUACGGAAAGAAGGAAAACUGAAAGGUAAACCUAAGUCUUGAUUGUAAUAGUAGUUUAUAUAUAUAUUUUUUUUGGUUAUACCCUAUGUACAUAUGAUAACAUUAAAAACCAGCACAGA